AUGGCAACUAAAGCUUUUCCCUUCUUCGUCCUCCUUUCCCUCUUCUAUCUUUCAGUCGUUUUGGCUCAUUCCCAUGACAAAAAGCCAUCGCCAUUCGAGUUUCUCAAUAAUCUGCAAGGUUGUCACAAAGGUGAAAAGGUCAAAGGCGUCAAUGAGCUAAGAAAAUAUAUGGAGAAGUUUGGUUACUUGAGCUAUAACACUCAAUCAAAUCAAGUAGAGGCUGAGGAGGAUGAUGAUUUUGAUGAGCUAUUAGAGUCUGCAAUCAAAACCUAUCAGCUUAAUUAUCAUCUAAAUGCCACCGGGGUUUUGGAUACCAAAACCGUGUCGAAAAUGAGUAUGUCUCGAUGUGGAAUGGCGGAUAUCGUCAAUGGCACGACUAGAAUGCGCUCUGGCAAGAAAAACGCCGACCGCCAUGGCUCUAGUCACUUCCAUACAGUUGCUCAUUUUACAUUUUUUGCCGGAAACCCUAAGUGGCCAUCAUCCAAGUACCAUCUCACCUAUGCAUUCUUGCAGGGGACAAGAUCUGAUGCCUUUAGUCCCGUUCGACGAGCGUUCACAACAUGGGCUGCGAACACACAUUUCUCAUUCUCAGAGGCCCGGAACAGUGGAAACGCCGAUAUCACGAUCAGUUUUGAAAGUGGCAAUCAUGGGGAUGGUAGUUCUUUUGAUGGCCCCGGUGGAACCCUAGCUCAUGCUUUUGCCCCAAGGGACGGGAGGUUUCAUUAUGAUGCGGACGAGACUUGGUCUGUGAGUGCAAACCCGAAUGCAUUUCACUUGGAAACUCUUGCGUUGCAUGAAAUUGGGCAUCUUCUUGGACUUGGACAUAGCUCUGUUGAGGGAGCUAUCAUGUUCCCAACUUUUAGUCUUGGAGAGACGAAGGGUUUGCAUGGGGAUGAUAUUCAAGGCAUCAGGACUUUGUAUAAUGUUUGA